AUGUCGCCAGGAGUGACGGACAGGGUGCAGAAAGCAAAAGCGCUGGCGUCUAAUGCAAGGACUGCACUCAAUGAGUCCAAGAACCUAAAAAAAGAACUAAAAAACACAUUGGAGCAAAAUAUAGAAGCGCUGCUUCAAUUGGUAGAAGAAGCAGACUCAGCGCUAAAGGUCGAGAGGGCUCGGAACGGGGACGGGGGCCUCGCGGGCGCGGAAUCGGUGUACAAAAACACCGCUGAAGUACCUGCGGUGUCUACGGACUCUGGACUGAGCGAAAAAAUCGACAAGCAAUCAGAAAUCCUUCUGGAGCACAACAAGAGGCUGGUGGAUAUUCAGGAGCGCCUGACACGCUACGGCGAAGCCGUGGAGGCCGCCAGCCUGAGAAGCUACGCCAGCGUGGCCGCUGCGAAGCCGCAACAACCCUCAAAACGUGCGGCCCUCCACUCAGUAAUUAUCUCGUCUCAAGACGAGAAAGAAACGAGCGAGGAGGUCCUGGGCAAGAUCAGAAAGUCCAUUGACGCCAAAGAGGGAUGGGUUCAGAUUGAAAGGGUCCGGAAAGCCAGGGACAGACGUAUUGUCAUGGGCUUCGGGUCCACCGAGGAAAGGAACAAGGCAAAGAACAGGCUGGGGAAGGAAGGAACGGGCCUCGUGGUCGAGGACGUCAAGAACCGGGACCCGCUUGUGGUUCUCAGAGGAGUUUUGAACGCUCACACGGAUGAUGACGUGAUAAGGGCUUUGAGGAACCAGAACUCCGACAUUUUUGGUGGCCUCGGCGCUGAGGAUGACCGCCUCCAGAUUAAAUAUAGAAGAAGGGCGAGGAAUCCGCACCAGGCCAAUAUUGUCCUUAGUACGUCGCCCGCCCUCUGGGGGAGGAUAACUGGCAUGGGCUUAGUUAGAAUCGACUUCCAGAGGGUGAGAGCGGAAGACCAGUCGCCGUUGGUGCAGUGCACACGGUGCCUGGGGUACGGCCACGGGCGGAGGUUCUGUAAGGACCCGGCUGACCUGUGCAGCCACUGCGGCGGCCCGCACCUGAGGUCGGAAUGCCCGGACGAGCGGUUGGGGUCCCCACCCUCCUGCCGGAACUGUCGUAGGGCUAAGCUGGAUAAUCACGAGCAUAACGCCUUCACGGCUCAAAAAAUCCUCCAAGUGAACCUCCAGCGCUGCAAGCAGGCAUACUCCGAGCUGCUGAUCGAAGCCUCUAGCCUUGGAGCGCGGGUUGCUCUGGUGCAGGAGCCAUACGUCGGCGGGGUGGGUCGAGUGACGGGAAAGAGCGGGAUCAGGGUCUUCCAGCCCGCGGACCAAGGAAAUGGGACUGUUAAGGCCGCGAUCAUAAUCUUUGGCGCGGACUUUUACGUCAAACAGUACCCGGAACUCACCACGAACAACAUCACAGUGGUAGGGAUCCGGGUUCGCGGUCGGGAGAUCACCCUGGUUUCGUUCUACUUUGAGCCCGACCUGCCGAUGGACUCGUACCUAGCACACCUGCGCCGGGUGCAGCGCGAGACGGGGGCUCGGAGUAUGAUUGUUGGAGGCGACGCAAACGCCAAAUGCGUCUGGUGGGGAAGUCCCGUCACGGACCGUCGUGGAGUAGAGUUGUGCGGGACCUUGGAGGAUCUCGGUCUCUCUCUUCUUAACCAAGGGGAAACCCCAACUUUCGACACCAUCCGCGGCGGCGUGAGGUACAGCAGUUAUAUUGAUAUAACUGCUGUAUCGCUUGACCUCCUUGGCCUGGUGGACGGCUGGCGCGUGUGCGACGACCUGACUUCCUCGGAUCACAACGGCAUAUCCUUCCUCAUAAGGUCCAAGUGCAUAAACAAAAAUAAUAUUCGGCAAACGACUCGGAAAUUUUAUACUAAAAAGGCAAAUUGGGCCCGGUUUGCUGAGAAACUGGGCCAAAUUUAUGACCUUAAUAAUCUAACAACAGUCAAAAUUCAAAAUUUAAACACAGGAAUGCAACAAGACAACCUAGUUUCUAGUUUAAACAAUUAUAUAGAGGAGGCAUGCACUUGGGCUAUUCCACUCAUAAAGAGGAAGGAGGUGCUAGCUAUGCCGUGGUGGAACGAGGAGUUGGCAGCACUAAAGCGCGAGGUGGUCACCAGGAGAAGGAGGAUCAGGUGUGCCGCACCGAUUAGGCGGGACAAGGUCAUCGGGGAGUACCUGGAAGCUAAGGAGAGAUAUCGGACCGAGAUUAAAAAUGCGCAGAUGCGCAGCUGGGUCUCCUUCUGCGAGAGACAGGAUGGGGAGAGUGUCUGGGGGGGUAUUUACAGGGUACUUGGUAGGACCACCAGGAGAGACGAGGAUCCACCGCUGGUGGUAAACGGUAUGGGGUUAGAUGCCAGGGGUUCGGCCCGACUCUUGGCUGAGACCUUCUACCCGGAGGACUCUGAAGAGGAUGACUCCGAGGAGCACCGCCGGGUGAGGGCCUUGGCCGGGCGGGCCGACAUCGAAACUUCUUCGGGCCAAAGAGACCCUCCCUUCACUCAUCUUGAGUUGAAGUUGGCCAGUCGGUCCUUUGACCCGAAGAAGGCCCCAGGUGGGGACGGUUUUACCGCGGAUAUAUGUCUGCACGCUAUUGAACUGGACCCGGACCUCUUUUUGUGCAUCUUCAACAAGUGCCUCGAGCUCCACUGUUUUCCUAGGCCCUGGAAGGAGGCCACGGUGAUCUUCCUCCGCAAGCCGGGGAAGAAUACGUACACAACACCAAAAUCGUAUCGCCCAAUUGGGCUCCUUCCAAUGCUUGGGAAAAUUCUGGAGAAGAUGCUCGUCGCCAGGUUGCAAUACCACCUUGUGCCCAGGCUAAGUACGCGCCAAUUUGGCUUCAUGCCUCAGCGGAGCACCGAGGACGCUCUCUAUACCUUAGUGGAACACAUCAGAUGCAGUUUAAAUAGGAAGAAGAUCGCGGUACUGGUUUCACUGGAUAUAGAGGGCGCCUUCGAUAGCGCCUGGUGGCCAAAAAUUAAAGAAAGACUGGCUGAGGAAAGAUGCCCCGAUAGUAUCCGGUGGCUCCUGGGCAGCUACCUGAGCGACAGGCGUGCUAGAGUGAGGUACUUGGGGGAGGAGCACAUGAGAGAUACUGGGAAGGGCUGCGUGCAGUGGGGUCUAUCGGAGAUGGAGGCCAAAGGCGACUACGCGCAGGCCUUCGCUGACGAUGUGGUGUUGCUGUUUGAGGGUGAGACGGCCCUCGAGAUCGAACGGCGAGCCAAUGCCGCCCUCGAACGCGUGAGGGCGUGGGGCCAGUCAAAUAAACUUCGGUUUGCGCCUCACAAGACCAAUGCUAUGCUUGUGACGCGCAAACUGAAGUAUGACACCCCACGUCUUCGCAUGGGCGGGGUCGACGUUGUCUUGUCGAGCGAAAUCAAGCUGCUGGGGGUCGUCAUAGACCAUAAACUAACCUUCAACGGCCACGUCGCGAACGUCUGCAAACGCGCGGUCGCCUUCUACCACCAGCUGGCCCGAGCGGCUAGGGCCAGCUGGGGUCUCCAUCCUGAAGUGAUCCGCACUAUUUACAGAGCGGUGGUCGAACCUGUGAUCUUGUAUGCGGCCGCCGUCUGGUCGCCGGCCGUGUCUAAGCUCGAAGCUUUGCAGGGCAUACCGAACCACCUCCCUGAACUCCGCGCUGUUGCUCGCUGGAAUACUCCCCCUCGACCUCCGCGUUCGCGAAGCGGCGACUUUAUACGAGGCGCGGAGGGGGGUGCCCCAGCGGGUGAUAGGGGAUCGGGAAUGUCCUCGACGCAUCCCGCCUGUCAUGUCGACCUCGAGUUCCAGUGCCUGGUCGACCGAGAACAGUUCAUUGCAAAUAGCGAACACGAAGUUAACAUCUUUACGGACGGCAGCAAGAUUGAGGGCAAGGUGGGGGCGGCCCUGUCCGUAUGGACUGGCGCCGCCGAAGCUAGAACCCUCAAGCUUGCUUUGCCGUCCUAUUGCACGGUAUACCAGGCGGAACUCUUGGCGAUAUGCCGGGCGGCGCGGAUGGCCGCAGACAACUUGGCCGGAUCAGUCGGGAUAUACUCUGACUCCCUGUCGGCACUGCUCACACUCAAGAAUCCAAAAGCCCUCCAUCCCCUGGCCGUAGAGGCGAGGGAACACCUGCGAAGGGCUCUGCUCCAGGACAAACAUAUAGAAUUGUUCUGGAUCAAAGUCCGCGCAGGGCUAGAGGGGAACGAGCGUGCCGACCAUCUGGCCAAGGAGGCUCCGCUGAAGUCCAAACGCGCGUUUGACUACGACAGCUGCCCGGUUUCGUUCAUCAAGCGGAGCAUUCGCAUGCAGUCGCUUGAUGAAUGGAACCAGCGGUAUCGGGCCGGCGAAACGGCUGGCGUCACCAGGGUCUUCUUCCCUGACGCGACGGCCGCACACAGGAUCAUAGGUAAAAUAAAGGUGGACAGGUUUGUCACUCAGGUGUUGACGGGGCACGGCGGAUUCUCCGAGUACUUGUACCGCUUCAAGUGCAAGGAGAGUCCAUCGUGCGUCUGCGACCCUGAGUGUUCGGAAUCUGUCCUCCACGUCCUCCUGGACUACCCAGCCCUGGCUUACGAGAGACUGCGUGUCGAGUGUCAAUUGGGAAUAAAACUGAGAAAAAAUAUAUUACCAAAACUAUUAGAAGAAGAAAAUAGCAGAAAACUGUUCCUGCAGUUUUGCAAAGAAAUUGCUGUACUUGUAAAUAAUAGAAAUAGGACUUAA